AUGCAGUUCUUCUCUGAGAUGGUAGGCCCAAACCUGCCCGGCGCUACCGACCCGUAUUUCUGGACGGACCUCGUCAUGCAGUUCACCAGGUUCGAGCCGGCGGUAAAACACUCCGUGCUUGCCAUCAGCGCAUUAUAUGAAGAUGUCACCAUGACGAGUGCGGAUGCGAAAAGGAGCUCCCAGACUCGAUGUCUGCGUGAUAACAACCUCGCACUAGCUCAUUAUAACAUUGCGAUAAAGCAUCUGCUGGUCAUGGAGAACAAGGGGCUGGUGGUACUUGUCUGCCUCUUGUUCAUCUGUAUCGAGAUCUUACAGUCGAACCGCGAAGCUGCUCUUCAACAUAGCACGCACGGGACGAUCAUUCUGGGGACCUCCGAUGCUCUCUCCUAUCGCUGGGUCAAGCAGUGGGUGCUGCCACUGUUCCGCCGCCUCAACACCCUAAAUUUCUGGUUCGGGGAAGGACCUGAUUUACCAGAUCUCAAGGUCUUCAGAUGUUUGACCCCUGCUCAGUUUUCUAAUUAUGAUGAGGCGGGAGACAUGGUCGAUGAUAUCUUCAACCAGGCAUUCCAGAUUCUGUGCCAAGGCUACAUCUACCGAGGCGGGUCCAUGAGAGGCCAAGACCCGUCUCCGGAGUUACUGAGCCAGCAACAAAGAAUCGUACAGUUACUGAACGAAUGGCAUGCACUAUUCGAAAACCUUGAGACCAGAUUAAUUUCGACAACCAAACAGUCUACUAUAACAAAAACCAAGAAGGGCUUUCUUCGAACAUUCUCCUUAGUUCGGUACCAUAUCUGUCGAAUCUGGUCCAACAUAGCCUUUGCCUCGUCAGAAAUGGCAUUCGACGAGCACUUCGACGACUACCAGACCACAGUGGAAGAAAUGCUAAAGACAGUCGAAAACCGAGCUCCAGGCCGCCAAAGCAAAUUUGAGUUCGAGAUGGGCUUCAUCGCGCCAGUCCUGUUUCUCGUCAUGAAGUGUCGAUAUCUCAGUCUUCGAUUGAAGGCACUUCGGUGCCUGGCCGUUCUCCCGGCGCCAAGAGAAGCACUCUGGGAGAGGGAUGGAAUGUAUGCGGUGGCACGGCGUAUGGUGGAGAUGGAACACGGCGUGGUUCUGGAUAAAUAUGGACAGAUACCGCCUGGAGUUGAGCCUUUGCGUCCGGGGUUGCCUGCCAAGACCAUGCGAGUGGAGCAAUUUGUCACCGAGACGCUGGAUAUGACCGGCAGGGACGUCUUCGGCCGCGAGGUCCGGGGGACGAAGGUGGUUUUCUUCAUGCGUGCGGCAGACGACUCUGUCCGUCUCGUCCCAGACGUGCUUCCUGGUGCUGGCGUCGAACUCCCUGAGUGGUCUGUAAAAUGGGCAUAUGAUAGUGUAUCCUCGGAUACAAGUGGCGGACGAGAAGCGCAAGAUAUUGUCGAUGACUCAGAUGUGAUGGCCCUAACUCAGGCAUAUCAAAGGCUUAUGGAUAGUCGAAAGGAAUAA